AUGAAAGACGAAGGGAUUACUCUGGCUUUUCUAGGCUGUGGAAACAUGGGCCGAGCCCUCCUCAUCGUCCACUCCCCUCAUGGCCCGGUUCAUUCUAUGCACCAAACUGAAGCAUCAGCUCAAUCUCUUCAUAAAGAGCUCCCUUCACCUUCUUUCCCAGUCGACAUCUUCCAUGCAAACAACAACGCCGCAGUGGAGCAAGCAGACGUCGUCAUCCUGGGCUUCAAGCCAUUCAUGGCUACUGAAAUUCUCCAAGCCCCAGGAAUGCGACAAGCCCUUGAGGGCAAACUCAUCAUUAGCAUGUUGGCCGGCAUGCGCUGUCAGCAGAUUGGAGACAUUAUAACUGCUGGGAACGGAGAGGCGCCGCCUAUUGCUCGGGCGAUCCCAAACAUCGCUGCCCGUUACCGCCAGUCCAUCACGAUCCUGGAACAGACAGAGCCUCCUCUACCAUCCAAGCACUCGACUAUGGUAGAACGGAUAUUUGGUCUCGUCGGCAAUAUCAAGUGGCUUCCCGCAAAUCUUGUCGACCUAGGCACCGUAUUGACAACAGCCUGCCUAGCAACACUAUCCAUCCCACUAGAUGAUCUUUUGGACGGUUCUGUCGUCCAAGGUCUGCGACGCCAAGAUGCAAUGGAACUUGUUGUACAUGGGAUUGCUGGCCUUUCAUCAUUGCUGUCAAACGGUGCUCAUCCCGCACUCAUAAGAGAGAGCAUACCUUCUCCCCGAGGAUGUACCAUCCAAACCUUGAUGACUGUAUAA